AUGGCUUCCGACGAGCAGAAGAAGGCCAAGCCCAGCGCCCUGCGCUCCAUCAUCGCUGGUAGCACCGCCGGCGCCGUCGAGAUCGCCAUCACCUACCCGGCCGAGUUCGCGAAGACCCGCUCACAGCUGAACCGGCGGCUGGCCGAGGGCAAGAAGCUGCCCUGGCCGCCGUUCGGUCCUCAGUGGUACGCGGGCUGCACCACCCUCAUUAUCGGCAACUCGCUCAAGGCCGGUAUCCGCUUCGUCGCCUUCGAUCAGUACAAGAGUAUGCUGGCCGACUCCAACGGCAAGGUCUCUGGCCCGGCCAAUGUCAUCGCUGGCUUCGGUGCCGGUGUGACUGAGAGUGCGCUGGCUGUCACUCCAUUUGAGAGCAUCAAGACGCAACUCAUUGACGACCGCAAAUCCGGCAAGCCGCGCAUGCGCGGCUUUCUACACGGGACGGCCGUGAUUGCGCGCGAGAGGGGCAUCCGCGGCUUUUUCCAGGGCUUCGUUCCCACUACUGCCCGCCAGGCCGCCAACUCAGCCACGCGCUUCGGCGCGUACACCACCCUCAGGCAGCUGGCCCAGUCGUACGUAGCGCCGGGCGAGAAGCUCGGCACUGUCAGCACCUUCGGCAUCGGUGCCCUGGCCGGAAUCAUCACCGUCUAUGUGACCAUGCCGCUGGACACUGUUAAAACCCGUAUGCAAUCGAUAGAAGCGAGAUCAGAGUAUAGGAACAGCUUCGUCUGCGCCGCCCGCAUCUUCAAGGAGGAAGGUUUUCUAACUUUCUGGUCUGGUGCUGUGCCGCGUCUGGCACGCCUGAUUCUGAGCGGUGGUAUUGUUUUUACCAUGUAUGAGAAGAGCAUGGAAGCGAUGGACAGGCUCGACCCAGACAGAAAGUACAUCUGA